CUAAAGUGUGGUUCAAAAAUACUACUGUGCAACCUCAGUUAACAGGAUUGCAGUUAUUUUUUGACUACAUGAUUUGCCCCAAUAUAAGCGCGUAGGCUGAUCAUUUCCCCUCAGGGUUUCAGAAAAAAAAAGAAACAUCUUAUCUUACAUUAGCCAAAAUGUUUCCAAAAAGCCUGCCUGAACUGCGCAGUAAUUGCACAGACAUCUCAAAUGGGAUUAGUUGCUGUAAAGCAACAUGACAGAUAGAAGAAAGCAGUUUUGAGCGCAGUUUCUCGUGAUGUGUUAAAGCGGGGCGCUGCUCCCGAGUGUGUCCAGAUGGAUGAUGUUCGUCACGUCAGCAGGAUCUUCAGCAUCAGGCAGCAAACACACUCAAGACUCAACGCACAGAGCUCCACUCAUACACUUCCUCGUCGGGGCUUGUUUCCAGAUGUGCUGAGAAUUGGGAAUAAACGAAAGCGUUUGGAUCAAAGGACACACGUUUUAAUCGGAUCAUCAAGCAUUCAAGUGUGCACUAGCACACUAUAGGAGAUAUCGAUAAAGCUGGAGCACCAGACACGGUUGAUGUAACGCGCGUUUGAGGAGAUGUCAACUAGUGGCAUGCGUUUCAGACGAGAAAUUAAACCUUACAGUCAAACCACUGGAGAUUAUCAGAGAAAGAUUGUGAUGGAUUUCAACAUGACUCCCAGUGAAAAUUCCAGUAAUGAGUUUAAUUCAUCUCAACAUUUAAAUAGAGACAAUGACGAGCAAUAUCACAAUGUCCUCAUGCCAAGCAUUUAUGGAGUCAUCUGCUUCGUGGGCAUUAUAGGCAACUGCAUCGUCAUCUACACUAUCGUCAAAAAGACAAAGUUCAGAGCCCAACAAACUGUGCCCGACAUCUUCAUCUUCAGCCUGUCCAUUGCUGAUCUUCUGUUCCUCCUGGGCAUGCCGUUCCUCAUUCACCAGCUAGUAGGCAACGGCUCCUGGUGUUUUGGUGCCACCAUGUGCACUGUUAUCACAGCGCUGGACUCUAACAGCCAGAUCGUGAGCACUUAUAUAUUAACAGUCAUGACUUUGGACCGAUACUUGGCGACAGUCCAUCCCAUCCGCUUUAAUCACAUUCGCACUCCCCGUGUAGCCGUGGCAGUAGUAGCGCUGGUGUGGAUCCUCUCACUGCUCUCCAUCACCCCAGUGUGGAUGUAUGCGGGUCUCAUGCCCUUACGGGAUGGAUCAAUGGGAUGCGCUCUGCUUCUUCCCAAUCCAGCCACAGACACCUACUGGUUUACGCUCUACCAGUUUGUGUUGGCGUUCGCUUUGCCGUUGGUGAUCAUUUGCGUGGUGUUUUUCAAGAUCCUCCAAAACAUGGCGGCCACGGUUGCACCACUUCCCCAACACAGCCUACGUGUGCGCACUAGAAAGGUCACUCGGAUGGCCGUUGCCAUUUGCCUGGCGUUCUUCAUUUGUUGGGCGCCUCAUUACAUCCUGCAGUUGGCACAUCUGAGUGUGCAACGGCCCAGCUAUGCAUUUCUAUUUGCCUAUAAUGUCGCCAUUAGCAUGGGCUACGCCAACAGUUGCAUUAAUCCUCUUCUUUACAUCAUGCUCAGCGAGACUUUCAAAAGGCAGUUUAUUGUUGCCAUCCGGCCGGCCCACAAGGACUUCCGGGCUGAUCCGGCCGAUGGGAGUGUCAGUCUGCGUUUGGCCCCUGACGUGGCCCAGCAGUCCCAAUCAUCUCGAGAGCUGCUGCCGGUUACUGUGGCUGUGCACUGACAAUAUUAUUCCACCUGGGAAUCUGCACUGAGUCACACGAACACAUUCUUUGUGUCCGUAAUGAGCACGCGGCUGGAGAGACGACGAUGAAGCGUCUCGCAGAAUUGCUCAUUAACAGAUUUUAAGGGUCGAAGGGGAUAUGUGAUGAUGCACAUUUUCCUUGACGCAUUUCUGUGCCGUGGAAAAGAUAUGAUGCAAACAAGACCUAAUUAUGGCAAGGCUUUUAUAUUAGCUCUAAAUAUUAGUUUAAAAACUUUGGGGUUGGUGUGAGAUUUCUUAAUUGUUUAUUUCUCACGAAGACUGCAGUUAAAGAGUCUGUAAAAUAAAUCUGCGAUUUAAUGUCUGUUUUAAAUAGCUGUGCUCUACUGAAUGUAUUUUGAAAUGUUAUUUAUUCCUGUGAUGACAAAUCUGCUUAGCGGUGAGUUGGCAGUGUUAUGCACAAUCUUUCAGAAAUCAUUCUAAUAUGCUGAUUUGGCAAUCAUUUGAUGAUUAUUUAAGUGCUACUUGAUGUUGCGAACAAUUGUGCUGCUUAAUGUUUUUGUGGAAACUGUAAUACCUUUUUAGGAUACCUUAAUGAAUGCAAAGAUCAGCAUUUAUUUCAAAUAGAAAUCUUAUUAUGCAAUCAGUGCAACAAUUUUUAAAAGGACCUCAAACAUAUAUAGGUCAAAGACAAAAAACUGUUUAAUAUAUCAGCUUUUUUUUUAAAUGAAAAGACAAAACAUGGAUGAAAAUGUUCAGUCAUGAGUGUAACACAUGUGUUUUAUGUAAAAAUGAAACAGCAUACUUAAUCUGGCCUCAAAUGACUAAAAGCGUCUUGCUGUCAAAUUUGUAAAUCCCAGCCUGAUCUUGCAAGGAAAUGUAGUAUUUUUAUUAUUUUAUGUUUUGCUAAAUGACUGAACAAAAAUGUUCAGUUUUAUAAAGAAGGCCCAACCCCUGCCCUAAACACAACCAUCAUUGAGGGAUAAGCAAAUCAUACUAAAUUGUACAAAUGAGAUUGCAAGAGUUCAUACGAAUUAGCCACUAAAUCAAAAAGUUACGAAUUCCUGUUAGAUUGUGGUGGUAAAUACAACCCAGGCUCAUUCUAAAAACGUACCACUAUAUACACUUCUAGAGAGCCAAACACGUCCCAGGAGCAGUUUUUUUUAUUGCAGUUUUUGCGAAUCUAUCAAAGGCUGCUGUGUAUGCUUUUUCAG